AUGACAGAAAAAUUAACUUUUUACAUAGCGCCAGACCCUUCUUGCCCACAUCUUUUUAAGCCACAAUAUAUAGACAUAGAACUAAAUAGAGAAAGCGAAAUUCCACAAUAUAUAGACAUAGAACUAAAUAGUGAAGGCAAAAUUCUACAAACAGAAGAAAGCGAAAUUCCACAAACAGAAGAAACAUAUAGAGACCUAGAUAACGAAAAUGGAUAUGCGCUAUUCUGGUUAGAUUGUCCUUAUGAAAUGUAUGAAAAAAAGGCUUUAUAUGAAGAAUAUAGAAAAUAUUGUCAUGAAAACGACAUAAGACCAAGCUCUAGAGAAAAAUUCUAUGCUGGUAUAAAACAUCUUUUCGAAGUUCGGAAUGGCAAAUAUAGAAAGAAAUAA